CCAUUUAAAAGUUCCAGACGUUCCGCCAAGCUGCGAUUUCUGUAUUUUCUACACUUUAUAAGGAUAUUUCCCGUAAUAUUGUUCAAUCUGUGCAUGUAUAAGCUCUUAAUUCAUCAUAUCGCGUUGUGGUUUCAGCGGAAAUUGAUGUAUUUCCACGUGAAAUUGUAUGAUUAAAAAGGACGCUGAAUCAUAACCUCACUUCGGGAAAGUUUGUGUUUAUUAAUUGUUGGUUUUCUGCAUUGUCUCAGGAAUUGAGGGGCUAAAGUGCUUCUAAAAGCAGGAGAAAUGAGUACGGAAGAGGAGGAGAGGGCGCCGGAUGGGAUGGAGGUGGACUUUGAGUUGCAGAUGUCAGACGAUGAAGAAGGAGGCACACGAAUAGGGGACAUCUACAUUCCACCGCCGGUGCCACCGUACUGCUCGGCAGAGAGCAAAGGGCCCCGCUUGAUCAUCACACGCAUCGUGAAUGAGAACUUCAAGAGUUACGCCGGAGAAACGAUCCUCGGACCAUUCCAUCACAGCUUCUCAGCCAUCGUGGGGCCCAAUGGCAGUGGGAAGAGCAACGUCAUUGACUCUAUGCUGUUUGUUUUUGGCUACAGAGCACAGAAGAUUCGCUCCAAGAAGCUCUCAGUGUUGCUCCACAAAUCCGCCGCCUUUCCCAACGUCAAUAGCUGCUGUGUGGCAGUGCACUUCAAGGAGAUUGUGGACAAGCCAGAUGGGAGCUUCGAAGACUUGCCAAACUCGAGCUUUGUCGUCUCGCGGAGCGCCUUUAAGGACAACUCCUCAUACUAUCAGAUCAACGAGCGUCGCGUGCAGUUCAAGGAAGUGUCGCGUCUGCUGAAGAAGCACGGCAUCGACUUGGAUCACAAUCGCUUCCUCAUUCUGCAGGGCGAAGUGGAGUCCAUUGCCAUGAUGAAGCCAAAGGUGGUGAAUACGGAGACGCACAAGAAUGAGUGUGGACUGCUGGAAUACUUGGAGGAUAUUGUGGGCACGUCGCGGUACAAAGAGCCCCUCGUGAAGAUCAACGACAAGGUGGUGAUGUUCAAUGAGGAGCGAACGGGGAAGCACAAUCGCUGCAAGUUGGCUGACAGAGAGCUGAAGGAUCUGGAGGAGCCAUAUGAGAAGGCAAUUGAGUAUCUGAAGAAUGAGAAUCAGCUGAUAAGAGUGAAAAAUAAGCUGUUGCAGAAGAAAAUUGGCGACAAUGUGAAGGAGAUGAUUGAAGAUGAGGAGCAAAAGGGUGAAAUUGUGGAGGAGCUGAAGAAGCACACUGAGAAGUAUGAGAAGCUGCGCGAUGAGCGUGUGGAGUUGGAGGGUGUUGUGAAGAAGGACAGUCAGGAGUAUUCUAAUCUCGUGAAGAAAAUGAAGGCGCAGCAGAAGCGACAUGAGAAGAUAUCUUGUCAGUAUGCUGAAGUUCAGUCGCUCAUGCAGUCGACGAAUGCGCGGCGGAAGGAGGCGAUGGCGCAGGUGGAGAAGGAGAAGGAGAAUCUGGAGAAGCAGAAGGCAAUGCCGGAGAAGACGAAGAAGGAGAUUGAGGAGUGUCGAGAGAAGAUUGAGAGUUUGUCGCGCGACAAGGUGACUCAGGAGGAUCUGUUGGCCAGCAAUCUCGCGAAGCUGGAGGAUGCGACGCGGGCGCUGAAUGAGCAGCGUGAGCCGCUGGAGAACAAGAUGAUUGGACUGCAGGAGGCGGUGAAUGCGGAUCGAGCGGCACUGCAGGUGGUGGAGUCGGAGCUGAAGAUGGUGCAGUACAAUGAGGUGAUGGAGGCGCGGAAGUACAAUUCGUUGAAGGUGGCUUUUGAGGAGGCGCAGCAGUCGUUGAGUGAGAAGGAGGAGAAGCUGCAGGAGGUCACGAGAGUGCUGCCCAAGGCGAGGGAGGAUCUCAAGAGUGCCGAACAUGAGCUGAAGGAGUCCAAGCUGGAAGAGACGCGACUGCGUGAGAAGAUUCAGCAACUCAAGACCAAUGUUGAGGAUGUCACGAACAAUAUGCAAGCUGCCCAGUCGCGUGACAAGGUGGUGAAUGCGCUGAUGCGACAGAAACAGUCGGGCGACAUUCCGGGCAUUCUUGGGCGUUUGGGGGAUUUGGGUGGCAUCGAUGCCAAGUACGAUGUGGCCAUCUCGACCUGCUGUGGUCGGCUGGAUAACAUCGUGGUGGACACGGUGAAUACGGCUCAGGCGUGCAUUGAGUACCUGAAGAAGCACGACACUGGCCGGGCGACGUUCAUUGCGCUGGAGAAGGUGGAUCAUCUGCAGCAGUACUGCGAUCAGAGGCAAUCCUAUCCGGAGAAUGUGCCGCGUCUCUUUGAUCUGAUCAAAGUGGAGGAUCCGCGGGUGUCUGUGGCGUUCUACUUUGCCCUGCACGACACACUGGUGGCGACGGAUCUCGAUCAGGCAUCGAGGAUUGCUUACGGCGCCACGCGCUAUCGUGUCGUGUCACUGCGCGGGGAUGUGAUUGAGCUGGCGGGCACGAUGUCAGGCGGUGGGAGAUCAAUGAUGCGUGGACGCAUGGGACAAAAGGUGGCGACAAAGACAUCCGGAGCCACGCCAAAGUCUCGCCGAGAGAUUGAGGGCAUGCAAGAGAUGGCAAACAAUCUUCAGUCAGAGCUCAACAAUCUGCAGAUGCAUCAGGGUCAGCUGACGAGGCGAAUCCACGAGCUGACCACGUUGAUUCGCACCAAGGAGUCGGAGGAGAAGAAGAUGCUGCUGGAUAUUAAGAGUUUUCGCCAACAGUUGCCGCACAUGCGUGAGCAGAUGGAGCGUCAGGAGGUGAAGAAGAAUGAGACGCAAUCUGAUCCGGAGCGCGUGAAGGCGCUGGAGAAGCAAAUGGGCAGCAAGAAGUCGAAGUUGGAGAAGUCUGAGGAGGUGGCAAAGGAGAUUUCUGAUCAGAUUCUCCAUAUUAAUCGGAAAAUUAAGGAGAUUACGGACUCCAAAGUGAAGUCAGUGAAGAUGAAGAUUGAGGAAUUGUCGAAGAAUAUUGAGAAAUUGGCUGCACAUGUGAAUAAGAUGAUGGCAAACUUGAACAGUGCUGGACACACGAGGCAGAAGCUGGAGAAUAAGAUUAAGAAUCUGGAGGAGGAGAUUCAAGAGGCGGCGGAUUGUAUCAAGAAGAAGAGUGAGGAACGCACGGAGCUGGAGCAGGAGGGUGAGAAGUGCAAGGAGGAGAUUGAGGAGAUGAAGAAGGAAAUUAAGGAGGCGCAGAGUAAGAAUGUGGGAGCAACGAAGAGAAUUGCGGAGAUACAGAAGUUGGAGGGACAGGGAAAGCUGGAGAAGGUGGAGAUUGAUGACAAACAUCAGGCCAUUGAGAAGAGGAUUAAGGAGCGCAAGGAUAUGGAGCACAAGUGGACGAAUCAGAUGAAGAGUCUCGAGCUGAAGGAGGUUCCGGGAGAGACGGAAAUGCCGCCACUGAAGACGUACACAGAGAGGGAAUUGGAAUCGUACACACUCAAUGACAUUGCCUAUCAGAUAACGACGAUGGAGGACACUUUGAGGAACUCCAAGCCCAAUUUGUCCGUGAUUGAGGAGUACAAUAAGAAGCGUGAGGUGUAUUUGCAGCGCGUGAUGGCGCUGGAAGAGGUGACGAAGCGUCGCAAUGACUUUCAAGCGCUGUAUGAUGAUGUGAAGAAGAAGCGCCACACGGAAUUCAUGCAGGGAUUCACCAUCAUUGCCAGGAAGUUGAAGCAAAUGUACCAGAUGAUCACACUUGGCGGGGAUGCCGAAUUGGAGAUUGUGGACUCGAUGGAUCCCUUCAGCGAGGGCAUCAUGUUUCACGUGCGUCCGCCCAAGAAGUCCUGGAAAAUCAUCUCGAAUCUCUCGGGUGGCGAGAAGACACUCUCAUCACUGGCGCUCGUCUUCGCCUUGCACUACUACAAACCGUCGCCUCUCUACGUCAUGGACGAAAUCGAUGCGGCGCUGGACUUCAAGAAUGUCUCAAUUGUGGCUCACUACAUCAAGGAACGCACGAAAAAUGCCCAGUUCAUUAUCAUAUCCUUGCGAUCGAACAUGUUCGAGUUGUCUAAUCAUCUCGUGGGCAUUUACAAGAUCAACGACUGCACGGGAUCAAUAACAAUAGCCAAUGUGGAGAGACCUGUGGAUGCCGAGGAGGAAAAUGCUGAGAACAAUGAACUCCAAUUGCUCUAGAGAGAAGUAGGCCUUG